AGUUGACGUCGAACAGCGUCGUGAGAAGUAGCCUUUAAGAAACAAAAGAACGGCUAUCAAUUACGCUGACGGUGGGGUACGCCCCCCGAGGUGGGAGCGACCAAUCUGAGCGCUUUCGCCGCAUAUCAAAGUAAUCGCGUUAAAUGGGAACCAAAGGGGACUAAAUAUUCAUUCUGUCAAAACAGCUUGCUUCUGUGGUUAAAUACUUCACACCUAGUGAAAGGUUAACUUUAGCGGGAACGUUGAAAAUGGCUCGGGACGAAACGAGGACUGAGUGAUUAAAAUUAAAAUAAAUAUUUAUUCAAUUAUUUACGUAUAAGUAUCUAUUUAUUUUUAAUUUAUUAUUUUUCUCUAUAUUAAUAUUUCGUGUUCUGUGAUAUGAUUAUGUGUAUCGAGCGGUGAUAAUGGAAGAAAACUGUACGAUGCGGCCGUGUGCGACAGACUUUAGCAUUGCGGCUAUUAUGUCGAGACAUGGUAGAGCUAGAACGGCGAGAUGUAGAGAUCGCGAGCCGCCGGAUAAUCUUUCACCUCUCGAGAAAUUCGUAGACACUUCUUCCUCAGUUCCUUCCACUCCGGAACCGAUGGGAUUGGAUUGUACAAUAGUGAGUGCGGAUAAUGAAAGCGGUCGUGAUUCGCCCGUAGACGUUUCGUCAACUUCAGAAUCGGGAGUGACUACUGCGUCGCAAUCUAGCGGGAGACGGUCGCCGAUUCGAAAUCCUCUUUUACAAGAACGUUGUACCAGCGAGGAUUUAAAAAAUGUAACCUGUCAUCUAGAAACGAAGGAUUUAUGGGAUAAGUUCAAUGAGUUGGGGACUGAAAUGAUCAUAACAAAGACUGGAAGGCGCAUGUUUCCUACUGUUCGAGUUUCUUUCACCGGAAUCCGUUCAGAUCAAAAAUACGCAGUACUUUUAGAUAUAGUUCCUGUAGAUAAUAAGAGAUACCGAUACGCUUACCAUAGAUCUUCGUGGUUAGUGGCUGGGAAAGCGGAUCCACCAGCUCCUUGUAGAAUUUGCGCACAUCCAGACUCGCCGUUCACCGGGGAACAGCUCAGGAAGCAAGUCGUGUCCUUCGAAAAACUCAAACUAACCAACAAUGAAAUGGAUAAACACGGUCAAUUGGUUCUAAAUUCCAUGCACAAAUAUCAGCCCAGAGUCCAUCUCGUGAAAAGAGGAGAUGGGGCAACUGGUCCGAUAAAUGAUCUGGAAAACGAAGAGUACAAAACGUUUAUUUUUCCAGAAACGACCUUCACUGCUGUUACAGCUUAUCAAAACCAGUUGAUAACGAAGCUGAAGAUUGACAGCAACCCAUUUGCCAAAGGUUUCAGGGAUUCAUCUAGGCUCACUGAAUUUGAAAGUUUUUGUGAUUACAGGGAAACGAUGGAGUCGAUGCUAGCGGAGCAGCACUAUUUCCGUUCUCCUAUCCGACCUUUCGUCGACAUGGACACCCACAACAACAACAACAACCUCUCCUUAGAAGAAAAAGCUAUACUCGCAGCUCGUUCGCAGCUCUUUCUUCGAGCAGCUGCGGCUGCUGGUCCUUACGGACCUCUAAUGGGCGGCAUAUACGCUGGAGCAGGUGCUUCGCAGAGCAAUCCAGUUCCGCCAGGUCUACUUUGGAACCAAUGGGCGUGUCUCGGACCGUCUCUCAUCGCCGCUCAACACCAACAUCAGUUGGCGGUUGCGGCGGCGGGAAGUUCGCAGCUUCAAUCACCUCUUAGGCCAUUGGCGCAGCAUAGGUUUUCUCCUUAUACUCCACCUCAAAGGACAUCGCCUGAUACGAGUUUGAGGGAUGAUAGAGAGUCGCCUAAUAGUCCUUCUUAAAGAUAUUCUUUUGUGAUAUAUUAUUGUAAUGGGAAAUUUGUUAAUUCAAAAAAUUUUAUUUAAGCUAAAAUUAUACAGAUUGUCUCAUACAAUGAAACAUCCUUUAUAAUUUUCAAAGUGACAUACAAAAAUACGGAAUUUGUUAUUUGUACAAUAUAUCCAUAAUUUAUUUUACAUUAAAGUUGGUGUAUAGGAUUCAUCGUGUAUAUCAUCGGUUUCAUUAAAACGAUGAGACAUCAUUUAUUCUGAAUUGUUUGACAAACUUCCUUGUAGAGAAAGCGAGUUACAAGAAACGAUGAGUGAUAUGAUGAGCCUGAACUGUAGAGUGAUAAAACUUCCUCGCCCGAGUGACGGGAUUCUUUUUCAAAAACGAAUAAAAAAAAUUCUUUCAUAUGUAUAGUUGAAAAAAUAUAAAUCAUUCAUUUAUACCAGUCGAAAAUUCAUUUUAUGUACAAAUUGAUCGAUUGCAAAUAUUUACGAGACAUACCGUAUCGUAAAAUAUAAAUAAUUAUGUUAAUAAGAGUUCGAAUUGUUGAAGAAAAUAUGAUAAUUUAAAAUUUUUGUCUAUAAAAUGGGGCAGGUUAUGAAAAAUUUUCCUAAUUUCAAAAAAAGUGUUCAACAUUUCAACUUUCAAAAAUUGGAAUAGUUUAUAGAAAUAACUGUUGCUCGGAAUGGAGGAGGUUUUAAAAAACGAUCUCAACCGUUUUUUCAUUAUAUAUUAUGAUCUUAUUAUUAAUUUCACCCUAUAUAAGUAGAAAGUAUUUUUUUGUCAACAGUGAAAACUGUCAUUCGUGUAUGUAAAUAUUGUAAAUAAAUAAAAUUUCAAUAUAACCUUAUGAAAAUAUGAAAUUUCCUAAUUAAUAACUUUAAUAAAUUUGUAAAUAUGAGAAAUUAUUUUUUUUUUCAUUUAAAAAACACGUUGCGCGUAUUAAUUCUAAUGUACAUAUCAAAAAACGCGCUUGACGCAGUUUCUUGAAAAAAUUAAAAUAUGUUUUCAUUUGAAAUACUUAUAACUAGUUUCCCAAACGUCUAGGCACAGAGCGAUGUCAAACAUUUUCCAAAAUCUAUAACUGGUUAAAGUUACUUUCCUAAAAACUUUUAUCGACAAAUAUUAUAUCAGGAUUAUAUGUUAAUUGCUUGGAAACCUCUCCACGAUGCAAUCUUAUCAUAUUUUGAGGAAUUUACUCAGUUCUAAGCUCAACGAAUGCCGCCUUAAAACACUUUUGGCAAUUUUGUGUUCACAGGACUGAAUCGAAAUCAAAUCCAAAGAGAAUUUCCACAACAAAGCAUGGCCAAUGCUGCUGCUGCUGCAACGGCUUCUAAUUUCAGGCCCGCAAACAUGAAAUUCAUGUUCAUGUUAAGUUUUGUGUAUUUAUUUCUAGAUAUUUUUUUAAAUGUUUUUUUCACUAGGUUCCGACAUUAUAAGGUUUUUACAAGGUAUCAGAAGAAUCAGGAAGUUGGAAUCGUGUUAUAUCUUAGAUAUUUCAUAAGUUAAACAACAAAAAUGAAGGUUCAAUGAUCUGUUUGUUACAUGAAUACAUAUAGAAGGCAGUGAACGUGUUGAAAUAUAAGGUUUUGAUUUUGAAAAUAAGGUGAAACAUGAUAAAAAAGUCUUGUAUCCAUAUGGUAAUUUUUCUAUAAAUUGAUGAAGUUUCACUAGAAAUGUGUCAAAUUAAAGUGAAAAUCUCGUGUUUUUAUUUUCAUAUUUUUGAAUAGUCAUUGUCUGUUUAUAAAAAUAUAAAUUAACUUUGAAAAAUGUUCUUUCAAUUAGAAAAAAAUUAUUCUACAUGAUUUUUUUCUUUAAAACUUAUUUCUAAUGAUCCUUGACACUCAUAUCAAUAAAAAAUAGUUGUAAUUAAUAAAAUGAAAAGAUUUUAAAGCUCAAAUUGUAAUUGUCAAAACUGAAAUGUAUUUAUUUCGUGGAAGGUUGGUCAAAAAAUUAUCAUAUGCGACAAGACUUCUAUUACAUACAAUUCAAACUAUUCGAUGUUGAAUAAAAAAUUUUUAACUGUUAUUAUGAGAUUAUUGAAGUAUUUCUCUACAAUUAUUUUUUUUUAUUGAAACUGAAUCAAGUAAAACAAAUUGUUUCGAACACUAACCACCAACUGAAUGGGUGAAAUAAUUUUACGCAUAUCUGAAGUUGUAAUAUUUCGAUGGUUAAUUUUUACUUAACUGGAAUCUCUCCAAAUCUCCAUUAAAUUGUUAAUGAACAAGGUAAAAAAAGAAAAAUAUGUAGUAGAACGGACCGUGUUGUAUUAUUAUUUUUACAAGCAACAUUCUUAAAAACAUUCGUUUGCAAUAACUUUUUGCUGUGUCACUUGUAUAAAAUAAUGUAAAACAAAACAAAAAUUAAAGUUGAUUUUAAGU